AUGGCCCACCUUACCAAUGAGAUGGCAGAUUUACAUCUGCAACAGAACUCCGAAGAGGAUACUUGGAACUCGGACACGAAGCACCAACCAAACCAAAGUUCUAGCAAUACUGAAGAGUUGCCGUCAGUGGAAGAAAGGGAACGGGCUCUGAGAACAGAAUUGCAAACAGUACGGGACAUUAAUAGCGUGAUUGAAGGCGUGGUUGAAAGUUUAGAGCGCGCAAAGGGCAACAUGGAGAAUGUUUCUCGUACGGUUAGCUCAGCCUCUACCCUUCUCGAUACGUGGACACGGAUUCUUUCUCAGACGGAACAUAACCAGAGGCUCAUUUUAAACCCAUCCUGGCAAGGCGCAACCCAGGAUAUGGCAGACAUUGAAAAUGAGGCCUUAUUGAAACAACAGGCUGCUGAACGAAGAGAAUUAGAAGAGCAACAACGGAGGGAGGCGUUGGCUCAGAAAGCGGCCGAAGAGGAACGUAAAAGAGCUGCGACCACUGUAGCCACGAACAAGAAUGUACGGACAAUCUCAUCAAGAGGGAGAACCAGGACAGUGGGGCGAAAUCCUUCAUCUACUUCAAGUACAUCACAGACUAGCGGAAGCGGGACACGCGGUGUGUCGAGGGGCGCGACGGGCAGAGGGACAGCCGGUCUUAGGAGACCACCAUCCACUACCACAAGAGGGACAGUUGGUACAAACAACCGAGGGCGGCUUCGUGGCAAUUGA